CAGGGAGUCAGGCACAAUACAGUCUGGUCUCCUCAGGUGUCUUCUCCCUACAGCAUGGAGAAGAACAAACUCCAUCCAAGUCUUAUUGUCCUUUUGCUGGUCUUCCUACCUGCAGAUGCCUCAGUUUCUGGACAACCGCAAUAUAUGGCGUUGGUCCCCUCCCUGCUCCACUCUGAGACCCCUGAGAAGGCCUGCAUCCUUCUGAGCCACCUGAAUGAGACAGUGACUGUAAGUGCUUCCUUGGAUUCUCUCAGGAAGAAUGAGAGCAUCUUCACUAACCUGGUGGUAGAAAAGGACUUAUUCCACUGUGUCUCCUUCACUGUCCCAAGAAUUUCAUCCAAUGAAGAGGUAAUGUUUCUUUCUGUCCAAGUGAAAGGAGCAACCCACGAAUUCAGAAGGCAGACCACAGUGGUGGUUAAAAACCAAGAGAGCCUGGUCUUUGUCCAGACAGACAAACCUAUCUACAAACCAGGACAGACAGUGAAGUUUCGUGUUGUUUCAUUGGAUGAAAAUUUUCACCCCCUGAGUGAGUUGAUUCCACUAGUAUGCAUUGAGGACCCCAAAGGAAAUCGCAUCGCACAAUGGCAGAAGCUCAAAUUAGAGAGUGGCCUCAAGCAAUUGGCCUUUCCCCUCUCAUCAGAGCCAUUUCUGGGCUCCUAUAAGGUGGUGGUACAGAAAGAAUCAGGUGAAAUGACAGAGCACCCCUUCACCGUGGAGGAAUUUGUUCUUCCCAAGUUUGAAGUGCAAGUAACAGUGCCAAAGAUAAUCACUAUCUUGGACGAAGAGGUGAAUGUGUCAGUGUGUGGCCUAUACACUUAUGGGAAACCAGUUCCAGGACAUGUGACCGUGAGCAUGUGCAGAAAGUAUCAUAAUCCUUCUAACUGUUUUGGUGGAGAGUCACAAGCUAUCUGUGAGAAAUUAAGUCAGAAGCUCAACAGCCAGGGCUGCGUCUCUCAGCAAGUAAAAACCAAGGUCUUCCAGAUGAAGAGAGAAGGUUAUAAAAUGGAACUUGAAGUGGAAGCCAAGAUCAAAGAAGAAGGAACAGAGGUGGAGUUAACUGGAAGAGGGCUCAGUGAAAUAACAAGAACUAUAACCAAACUCUCAUUUGUGAAAGUGGACCCACACUUCAGACAAGGGAUCCCCUUCUUUGGGCAGGUGCGCCUCGUGGAUGGGAAAGGUGUCCCCAUGCGAAAUAAACUCAUCUACAUCGCAGCAAAUGCCGCUAACCAUGCCUCCAAUGCCACCACUGACCAGUUUGGCCUAGCGCAGUUCUCCAUCAACACCACCAACGUUAAGGAUUCCUCCCUCUCUGUCAGGGUCAAAUACACGGAUCACAGCCACUGUUAUGACCACCGAUGGCUGUCAGAAGAGCACAGAGAUGCUUAUCACACUGCUACUCGUGUAUUCUCUCCAAGCCAGAGCUUUGUCCACCUGGAGUCCAUGUCUGAUGAACUGCGCUGUGGCCAAAUUCAAACAGUCCAAGCACAUUAUGUUCUGAAUGGACAGGUCCUGAAGGAGCUAAAGGAACUCACGUUCUAUUACCUGAUAAUGGCAAAAGGAGGCAUUGUCCGAACUGGGUUUCAUGUACUGCCUGUGAAGCAGGAAGACAUGAAAGGCCAUUUUUCUGUGUUGGUCCCUGUGGAACCAGACAUCGCUCCAGUCGCUCGAUUGCUCAUCUAUGCCGUUUUACCUGAUGGGGAAGUGGUUGGGGAUUCUGCAAAAUAUGAGGUUGAAAACUGUCUGGCCAACAAGGUGGAUUUAAGCUUCAACCCAGAACUGAGUCUUCCAGCCUCACACGCCCACCUGCGAGUCACAGCUUCUCCUCAGUCGCUCUGUGCCCUCCGUGCAGUGGACCAAAGCGUGCUGCUCAUGAAGCCUGAGGCAGAGCUCUCCCCAUCCUCGGUUUAUAACCUGCUACCAGUAAAGGACCUCACUGAUUUCCCUGAAAGUUUGAAUCAACAGGAGGAAGCUAAUGGUGACUGUGUCAGUGACCAGAUCCACAUCAAUGGAAUCAUCUAUUCCCCAAUGUCAAGUACAAAUGAAAAAGAUAUGUACAGCUUCCUACAGGAUAUGGGUUUAAAGGUGUUUACCAACUCAAAGAUUCAUAAACCCAAAGUGUGUCCAUACCAUCACCCCGAACACUAUGCAGUUGGAAGUGCUGCAAGAUUAUACGAUUAUUCAGAUUCAAUGACAUUGAGAAGCAGCAGCAAUGCUUAUUUAGUACAUGCUCCAGAGCCUGUCACAGAGACUGUGAGAAAAUACUUUCCUGAGACGUGGAUCUGGGACUUGGUGGUAGUAGACUCAUCAGGCGUGGCUGAAGUAGGAGUAACAGUCCCUGAUACCAUCACUGAGUGGAAGGCGGGGGCCUUCUGCCUGUCCAAUGACACUGGAAUUGGCCUCUCUCUUCCCACCACUCUCCGAGCCUUCCAGCCCUUCUUUGUGGAACUCACAAUGCCCUACUCUGUGGUCCGUGGAGAGGCCUUCACACUCAAGGCUACUGUCCUAAACUACCUUCCCAAUUGCAUCCGGGUCGGUGUGCACCUAGAAGCCUCUCCUGCAUUCCUAGCUGUCCCAGGGGAGAAGGAACAAGACUCUCACUGCAUCUGUGGGAAUGGACGACAAACCGUGUCCUGGGCAGUAACUCCAAAGUCAUUAGGGACUGUGAAUUUCACCGUGAACGCAGAGGCACUGGCGUCUCAAGAACUGUGUGGGACUGAGGUGGCUGUGGUCCCUCAAUAUGGAAAGAAAGACACAGUCAUCAAGCCCCUUUUGGUUGAACCUGAAGGAAUAGAGAAGGAAGCAACAUUCAACUCCCUGCUUUGCCCAUCAGGUGCUGAGGUGCCUGAUCAAGUAUCUCUGAAACUGCCACCAAAUGUGGUAGAAGACUCUGCCCGAGCCUCCUUCUCAGUUUUGGGAGACAUAUUAGCCUCUGCCAUGAGAAACACACAGAAUCUCCUACAAAUGCCCUAUGGCUGUGGAGAACAGAAUAUGGUCCUCUUCACUCCUAAUAUCUAUGUUCUGAAUUAUCUAAAUGAAACACAGCAACUGACUCCAGAGGUCAAAUCCAAGGCCAUUGGCUUCCUCAAUACUGGUUACCAAAGACAGCUGAACUACAAGCACUCUGAUGGCUCCUAUAGUACGUUUGGGGAGACAUAUGGCAGGAGCACAGGCAAUACCUGGCUCACCGCCUUUGUACUGAAGACUUUUGCUCAGGCUCGAAGUUACAUCUUCAUUGAUGAAGCACACAUUAAUCAAGCCCUCACCUGGCUCUCCCAAAAACAGAAGGACAAUGGCUGUUUCAGAAGUUCUGGGUCACUGCUCAACAAUGCCAUUAAGGGUGGAGUAGAAGACGAAGAGACCCUCUCUGCCUAUAUCACCAUUGCCCUUCUGGAGAUUCCUCUUCCCACCACUCACCCUGUUGUCCGUAAUGCCAUGUUCUGCCUGGAAUCAGCCUGGAAGUCAGCAAAGGAAGGACGCCAUGGAAGCCAUGUCUACACCAAGGCACUGUUGGCCUAUGCUUUUGCCCUGGCAGGUAACCAGGAAAAGAGGAAUGAAGUACUCCAGUCACUUAAUGAGGAAGCAGUGAAGGAAGAUAAUUCUGUUCACUGGACACGACCUCAGAAACCCAAGGCACCAAUGGAACAUUUUUACCAACCCCAGGCUCCCUCUGCUGAGGUGGAGAUGACAUCCUAUGUACUCCUGGCUCACCUCAUGGCCCAGCCUGCCCCAACCUCAGAGGAGCUGACUUCCGCAUCACACAUUGUGAAGUGGAUCACAAAGCAACAGAAUUCUCAAGGGGGCUUCUCCUCUACCCAGGACACAGUGGUGGCUCUCCAUGCUUUGUCCAAAUAUGGAGCAGCUACUUUCACCAGGACUGGGAAGGCUGUACAGGUAACCAUUCAAUCUUCAGGGACAUUUUCCACAAAUUUCCAAGUGGACAACGACAACCGCUUGCUACUGCAGCAGAUUUCAUUGCCAAGGGUGCCUGGAGAAUACAGCAUGACAGCAACAGGAAAAGGGUGUGUCUACCUCCAGACAUCCUUGAAAUAUAAUAUUCUCCCCCAAGAAGAAGAGUUCCCAUUUGCUUUGGGGGUACAGACUCUGCCCCAAACUUGUGAUGGACCCAAAGCCCACACCACUUUCCAGGUCUCACUGAAUGUCAGUUACACUGGGAACCGUCCUGCCUCCAACAUGGCGAUUGUUGAUGUGAAGAUGGUAUCUGGCUUCAUUCCUCUGAAACCAACCGUGAAAAUGCUUGAAAGAUCUAAUGAUGUGAGCCGAACAGAAGUCACCAACAACCAUGUUUUGAUUUACCUAGAUAAGGUGACAAAUCAGACACUGAGCUUGUCCUUCACGGUUCUACAAGAUAUCCCAGUAAGAGAUCUCAAACCAGCCAUAGUGAAAGUCUACGAUUACUAUGAGACAGAUGAGUUUGCAAUUGCUGAGUACAAUGCUCCUUGCAGCAAAGAUCAAGGAAAUGAAUGAAGACUACGUCAAUGAAAAUGGCUUUGCUGGAGUCUCUGUUCCACAAACUCAGGUCUCCAUGGAAGAAAAUAGUUUUUGUAACUCUGAAGCUUCUAGUCAAUCCUUAUCUUGGUAUCUGCAGUCAUUCAAUAAACAUUUAUUACAUUUUCAUAUAAAAUAAAGUUCAUGAAAUAAAAAUUUAUAGCAAUCAAGGGCUGAGAGACUUCAGAAAAUGAAAAACGUUACAGUGAUGAUGGUCUGAGUAGGCUUCAUG